UGGUGCUGCUGGAUUUAUUGAAGUAGUUCUGCUAUGUUUAACUCGUAAUGGUGAAAUUUCUACACUUUUUAAAAACAAAUGCUUAUUUUAUAAACAAACAUACCUCCUCCCUUGCUUUUACCCUUUCUUUAGUUCAUUCGAAAAGUUUUAACACCUCCAGAAACAUGUUUAGAUCAACCGUUUUUAAUCUUCAUGAAGGAAGUAAAGAUCAAGUGCAGGAAUUUUUAAAUUCUUUUGACACAGUUUUAACUGACUGUGACGGUGUUCUGUGGAUCGAUAAUAAUGCAAUACCAGGGUCAGCUGAUGCAAUGAAUUAUUUUCGAAAAAUUGGAAAGAAAAUAUUUUACGUAACUAAUAACUCUACAAAAAUCCGCAGUGAUUUUGCAGCAAAAGCACAGCAGUUGGGAUUUAUUGCUAGUCAGGAUGAAAUACUCUCCACAGCAUACCUAGCAGCACACUACCUCAAAGGUAUAGGAUUUACUAAGAAAGUGUAUUUAGUUGGCUCUAAUGGUAUAGGAGAAGAGUUGAAGGCAGUUGGAAUAAGGCAUACAGGAAUUGGACCCGAUCAUGUAAAGCCAGAUUUCAAAUCAAUGAAGCCAUCAGACUUAGACCCUGAAGUGGGAGCCGUGGUGGUUGGCUUUGAUGAGCAUGUAAGCUAUCCGAAAUUCAUGAAGGCAGCCUCUUACCUCGCGUCCGAGGAGUGCCUGUUCAUUGCAACUAAUACUGAUGAGAGGUUUCCAAAAGGCGGCUCUAUCGUAGUCCCGGGUACGGGCACCAUCGUACGCGCGGUGGAGACAUGCUCCGAGCGGAAGGCGCUCGUGCUCGGCAAGCCCCACGCCUACGUCAGGAAGUUCCUUGAGUCCUGCGGGCUGGAUCCGGCGCGGACGCUAAUGAUUGGCGACAGAUGCAACACAGACAUCGAGCUAGGAGUCCGCUGCGGCUUCCAGACCCUCCUAGUGCUAUCCGGCGUCACAUCUCCUAAAGACCUGGAGAAGAUCCGGAAUGAAAAGAAACCGCCACUACCCGACGUGGUUCUACCUAAGCUGGGCGACUUAAUGUCUCUGCUGCCAUCAUAACAUGAUCAACAAUCUUACAGAGUUUUCAAAUAAAGGAACAAUUAAAAAAAUGGGCGAGACACUACUGGCGAUUCCGGGUUACCAGUCUGCUGCCUUAGCUUACAGUCCGCGGCAAAUAUUUAUUUCGUUAAUUGUUGUAUGACAAAUCGUGUGUACGCCUAAAGGGGUCGCCUGAAGUUAAAUUUUCUAUUGCUCCUAUAUUUGAAAAAUUGAGAUAUUGUUAACAGACUUUGUUUAGUGCAAUAUUAGUCUAUCAAAUGAUAAUAAUUCUUAUGGCAUGAUAAUUAUAAAUUUGGGAAUUUUCCAUAGAUAUAUAUUUAUUAGAAGGAAGCUGUCCAUGUGGCCUACGUGCGUAAAGUCAGUAGUGCUUCAUUGGCAUGUGUCAUUGCCUUUGUAGUGUUAUGUGUCUACUCAAACGAGUGGUGAAUUAGUGAUAAGGUAGACAAUCGCUUAACCCACUUUCCUGAGAUGAAACAAUAGACUAGGUGACAAAUUUUCAUUAAUAAUAUCAAUCGAUCAGGUUUGUUUUUAGGAUCAAAUGUCUAUAUGGGACCCAUUGCAUUAAAGCAAUACAAAAGUCAGAAAUGAUAGUCAAAGACCGACAUUCGUACUUCACUCGCGAAACGCUCCUAACAAAUCGAUAACCCUUAUUUUUUUCCUUUAUGGAAAUUAAAAAAACUAAAAUUUUGAACUUAUCAGGUCCUGUAUUUUUGUAUUAUUUCCAUAUAUUAUUUUAAUUUCCACAUUAUUGUGAUACAUUGCUCAUUUGCUAUCUAUUUUACUAGAUUUUGUUAUAAAAUUCAACAUGUGUCAUCAUCUAUUACAACACUGUGAACAUAACUUCUAUAUAUCCUUUUAAACUCAAAAGAAUUAUUUACAUCUAAAGGACUUAACUAGUGUAUUUUAAAUUGGCCUUGUACCUAGUAGUUGCGCCUGUCACUAUAAUGCUAUAAACACCAAUAAAGGACGGCUCUAGUUGACACAAUAUGAAGUUUGUUUACGGCGAUAAAAUCUACUAUUGGAUUAGGCCAGUGUUAACGAUCUUAGGCAAAUAUUAGUGCAAACUAUAGGUUAAUUUUCCUUACGUUGUGAUAACUUGGUAAGCGUUUUAAUAAUAACAUACUAGGUAUUUUUAAUAUUAUUUUUUGUUUACUCAGUUAUUUGUUUUUAUAAAGAUCUUGGCUUGUCAUAUUGUAACGUAUAUAAUGUAACGCGUGACUCGAAAUAAUGAAACUUACAUAGCAGACCACCACGCUAACGUCUUUUAAAAAGUUUUUAAAAAUAUUGUAACUUAUUUUUUUUUUACAUUUAUUAACCCUUCUUUGCAUGAUUUUUUUCUUUUUGCCCGAAAUGAAUACAUAUAUGUGUCACGUAAUUGUUUGCUGAUUCUGGGAAAAAUAGUAAAAAAACAACAUCGUUUUUUACUGCGAAAUCAGUGUUAGAAGUUGCACAGGCUUAAUCAUAUUUAUGUAAGUAAAUAUAUAAUUUUCAGUAAGAGAUAUAUGAAAAAUCUUACUACCAUCAGAAAGGUACACUAUUUGUGAUAUACUUAUGAUAAAGUUUUUAAAUAUAAAACAAUUACAAACCCCGAAAAAACGCCGAAAAUCACAUACUAAAUAUCAUCAACUACCGGGUUUUUCCAAGUUUUCCGACAUUUCGUCUUAAAAGAAAUGUAAUUUUUAUAAAUUAAAAUACUGCGUAAAUUGAAGUAAAAAAUCGGAAAAUGGAUUAGUGUUGAAAGAUGACAGUCUUAAAAAUAAAUAUCAAUCACCUCCAAAAGUACCUUAAUUUCAUAGGACAAUGUUUAUGAUGGGAAUUUCCGUCACCAUGGAAAGAAGGGUUAAAAUAUUCCCAACAUUCGUCGAGAUGUAGUAGGCCAAUUUGAAUUAUACCCAUUUAUGAGGUGUUAUUAUUUCUGUAACUGUGCCAACAUUUUUAUAAACAUGUUUGUUUUUGUUUUGCUUGCCAUAGAGGCAUAGACAAUAAUUAUUAUACGUCGGCUCAUACUUAAUUAGUAAAAUCGGGAUUAGCCUGUAAUUGGUUCGAAGGGUUUGAGUGGUUUCUAUUUCGUUUGAUACUGUAAUACCAAACGAAUAAAGUUAUCGGUUCGCCUUUUAUUUUAUAAACGCUCGCUACGUCUUAUUUGUAAUGUAACUGAAUGGUAUUCAAACGGCUUUGCUUCAUAAUCAAUGGGGUUUGCAACUGUCAAAGGUUUGCAUGGAUGGCGAUGGCGCCAUCGUAGCUUGUAGCUUGUCCCUUUUUCUAUGAGAUUUGGCUUAAAGGGUUAGCAUCCAAGGCAUACAAUUCCAUGAAAAUAAAACAAAAAUUUGACACAAUUCUAGGAAUUGGCAUGGCAAGCUAUGCUGGCGCCAUCUGAUCUGCUAAAUAGUUCGACCGGCCAACCCCAUUAAUCAAGGCUUUCUUCAAUAAAACAAUACCUCGGCACUGAUAUGCACUGAUUCGACGAAGGAAAUACCUGUUUUAUCAUCAUAUCGACGAGUUGAAAGUACUCUACCUGAGUAAUAGAAUCACCAAAUACCUAAUGCAAUUUUGUCCCAUAGGGGCUUUAACGAAACUUAGGUAACUGCUGCGGUUGUAUUUUAUAUAGUAGUCAUCGCUACAUAAUUGUAAUUAUGUAUUAGUUUAUAUGGUAAUGAGCUGUGUUCAAAAUAUUUAUACAGAAAUAGGGUUCCUACUUCCCGCCCCUUUUUAACAAAAGAGACCGAUUUACAGUAUUACUGAUCCAAGUCCCAAAAACAGCUGCUAAAUGACAGAUGUGCAAACGUCGAAGAAUUAAAUUGUUUUUACUAGGUAGAUGGCGCUAGUAUUAACAGCAAAGCAAUACUCUUUACUGACCAUCGGUGUAACUCACAUCUUUGCAAUAAAUAAUAUGAUGAUGAUGAUAAGUUUAACAAGAUCACCACAAAAGUAAAGCUGCUAGAGUUAGACCAAAAUUAAUGAUUUUUACAGCACAGAUUACAAAUGUUAUUUAUACGUCAUAAUUUAAUAGAAGCUUGAAGUUUAAAAUACCACUUGCACAGUCUGGGGCCUGGGCUAUCAAAGUCGCAGCAGACUUAUCUUGGUCUAACUUUACUUUCACGGCAUAUUCAGCUGACUUUGCACGUCUGUAUAAGUUCAGUUGUAUCUAAUAAGUAGGUAUUCUAUGUCCUAUAAGUAGUUAUUUCCAGUGAUAGUAUUGAGAUCGUGUUGCUUUGCUAAUAAUAUAUUAUUCUUUAUUUAUUUAACUGUAUGACAGUUCUUUAUCCAUUAUCUUGGGAUUCUAUUAUAUUAUAAUUUAUAUCUGUUAGGUAUAUAUCUUAUUAUGAAUUAAUUGAAAUACUCAGUAGUCCAUUGGCUACACAUUUUUUUGAUUUUAUAUUUAUUGCCCCAAACCAUGAUCAGUUUUGAAUGUCAUACCUACUAAAGCUUUAAGGCGAAUAACAUAUGGUAUAUAAUUAACCGUGUGAACCAUGUGGAACCAUCUUCUUGUUUAUAACAUCCAUUGUAUUUUCACGGGAACAUUGCUACAUUGUAGUGAUUAGUGAUGUGGUAUGGUAUUUCUCAGCGGCUUUAUUAUGGACAAAGAUUCAUUGAUUGUAUAAUGUAUAAGAUGUGUAAAGUCUAAGUAAAAUCGUGCCCAGUUUGACAGUCGAACAGAUGGCGGCGCUGUACGGCGCCAUGUGUUUUGUGGUAACUAAGUUGUCAUAUGUACACUUUUGACAAUCAGAGUUACCGCAUAAUGUAAGGAGCCGUACGACGCCAUCUGCUUUAGAUAAAUUUGGCCUUAAAAUUUACACGUCUAUAGUCGUGUCAAAAACUGGCAGCACGCGAAAACGUAGUGUGCUCUCUCUCACACCAACCUGCGGCGGGCGGCGUCCUGUCUCUUUUUUAAUUGCUUCGCGUGCAGCGAGUGUUUAGCACAACUACCUAUAACUAAUACAGACUGAAUCUUUGAUUGUGGGAUAGGUACUUUUAAGAAUAAAGUUAGAUACUUAAUCGCUCCACCUGAUGUUAUGCUUUGUUAUGUUCUAUUGUAACACAGCUAACCAUCGUGAACCUUAUUAAAAUGGGAUAAGGUCUACCAAGGGUAGCAAAGAUUGUUAAUGGUGUACAGUUGUCAACAAUUAGUUCAGAUGACAAUAAGGUUCUAUGGUGACCUACAGAAAUGUCCAUGUGUCUAUUCGUCGACUGUUAAAAUUAGCAAUAAACAUGGCUGUUAUUAUGGACACGCACAUAACAUUGUUACGUAUUAUGUACUGUGUUACUAAUUGUAAUAGUGAAAUUGCUUUUAAUAAAUUGGCAGUGUUUGUA